GAGGUGAUAAGUAACUCCAAAAGCAUAUCAGAACAGUGGUGAGAAAUGAAUUGAAAUUGGUAUUUUGCGAACGACACAGAGAGAAAACAAGUUGAACAGGCAAAGCCACAGCGUGGUUCGUCCUUCUCUUUCUUUCCACCUGUUUUCGUAGAUUGAUUCAAUGGCUUCAAUGAUGCUCAGUGGAACUGAAAAGCUCACACUUUUGGGUAGCAGAACCCCAAUCGGAAAUGGGUUAGGUUUCACGGGUUCGGAUUUGCACGCGAAGAGCUUCCCAAAAUGGGGUUUUUCUGCUACUACUAGGGUUCCCAAUUCUCGGAGCAUAGUAGUACCCAAGUGUAGUGUCUCGGCUUCGAGGCCAACCUCACAGCCCAGGUUCAUUCAGCACAAGAAAGAAGCAUUUUGGUUCUAUAGGUUUCUGUCAAUUGUGUAUGACCAUGUCAUAAACCCUGGCCAUUGGACUGAGGAUAUGAGGGAUGAAGCUCUUGAACCAGCUGAUCUCAGUGAUAGGAACAUGAUUGUUGUGGAUGUUGGUGGUGGCACGGGUUUCACCACAUUGGGUAUUGUCAAGCAUGUCGAUGCAAAGAAUGUCACCAUUCUUGACCAGUCACCUCAUCAACUUGCUAAAGCCAAGCAAAAGGAACCACUCAAGGAAUGCAAAAUAAUUGAAGGGGAUGCUGAAGAUCUCCCUUUUCGAACUGAUUAUGCAGAUAGAUAUGUAUCCGCAGGAAGUAUUGAAUACUGGCCGGAUCCACAGCGUGGCAUCAAGGAAGCUUACAGGGUUGUGAAACUUGGAUGCAAAGCAUGUGUGAUUGGUCCGGUCUACCCAACAUUUUGGUUGUCACGUUUCUUUGCAGAUGUUUGGAUGCUUUUCCCCAAGGAGGAAGAGUAUAUUGAGUGGUUUGAAAAGGCAGGAUUUAAAGAUGUCCAACUAAAAAGGAUUGGCCCAAAAUGGUACCGUGGGGUUCGCCGUCAUGGUUUGAUUAUGGGUUGUUCGGUGACUGGUGUUAAACCUGCAUCUGGAGAUUCUCCUUUGCAGCUUGGUCCAAAGGAAGAAGAUGUUGAAAAGCCUGUAAAUCCUUUUGUCUUCUUACUGCGCUUUGUUUUGGGUGCCAUGGCAGCUACAUGGUUUGUAUUGGUUCCUAUUUACAUGUGGCUCAAAGAUCAAGUUGUUCCCAAAGGUCAGCCAAUAUGAGAGAUGUUGGUAGUUAGUGAACCUUGGGAUACUAUCAGGGUUUUGUUCAAAGUUUCAUCGAAUGUAAGAUUAUUACAUAUGAAAUUGAGAAACAUUUUAUCAAACCUCACAACUAGCCUGUUACCUACUCGAGCUCAGUUUUUCUGCAUGCUUUCUUAAGCCAUGAUAAUUAUGAGUGGGAGUGCCAAAUGCAUCCCUAUUUUAUAAGUUCACUAGUUAUUUUGUUCUAUCCAUAGCUGUCUUGAGUUAUUAGAGGUGGAAUGCUAUCUAUAAUAAUUAUAAGGAUGUUAAAAUGCAAUGAUUGUUUCGAGGUCACCUUCCCUUCCUUUUUUU